AUGACAUCUCCUCCAACUCAAUUACCUUCUCCUAUUGAACAGGCAGAACCAAAGCCUGUCCCUUCAACACCAACUCGGAAGCGGCAGAAAAGAAAGAAUGAUUUUAAUAUCGGAAAAGUUAUAGGAAGAGGCGCAUUUGGUGAAGUUCUGAAGGUACAAGAUAUAGAAACAGGUAAAUACUAUGCUAUGAAAGUUUUAUCAAAGUCGCGCAUAUCCAGAGAGAAAAAAAUCAACUACGUGAUCUUAGAAAGAGAUGCAAUGAAUGCUCUAAAUCAUCCAAACAUAAUUCGACUAUAUUUGACAUUUCAAGACAACUCUAACCUAUAUUACGUUGUAGAACUUGCCGAUAAUGGCGAUCUACAACAUGUUCUGAAUCAAUACGUUUCAUUAGAUAUUCCAAUCGCAAAACAAAUACUCGGACAGAUACUUUUAGCUCUUGCGCAUAUGCACCAGCGCAGAAUUAUCCACAGAGAUAUUAAACCUGAAAAUAUUUUGUUAGAUCAUAACAAUUCCGUCAAAAUUACAGAUUUCGGAACUGCCAAGAUGUACAAACGUGAUGAACCCUUUUACAGCCAACACGGAAGCCUCGUUGGUAGCCCAGACUACGUUUCUCCAGAAACGCUCAACGAAACUCCGAUUUCCGCUGCAACUGAUCUGUGGUCAUUCGGAUGUCUCGUAUACCAGUUUUUUACAGGUUACGCGCCUUUUCAUACUUCAUCAAAUUAUGAAACUUUCCAGAAGAUAGAAUCUGGCAAAUAUACCAUCCCAGACUUUGUUCCUGCGGAUGCUAAAGAUCUUAUUACAAAAUUACUUAAAUUAAACCCAGAAGAAAGGAUUGGAUACAACGAUUUUGAUAAAGGCUACGAAACAAUCAAAUCUCAUCCAUUCUUUAGUGGCAUUAACUGGGAAGAGCUUCCUCGUAUGAAACUGGAUGGUUUUAGAUCAUUUGAACCUGCCGUUCAAGCAAUGAAAGAAAAUCAACAGAAAGAUUCGACCAAAAAGCUCUUUUCUGACUCUGAAAUUGUCAUCAAAGAAGGUAUGGUCGUCUUUGAAAGCAAACAGAGAAUGCUUGUCCUUUUAGAACCUCCAAAACUUUUAAUUUGCAAUAUAGACCUGACGCAAAUCAAAAAGAACAUUCCAUUAUCAAAUAUCGCAUCUGUUUCCAUCCAAGGAAAUGAACUUGUUCUUGUUAAUGGCUUGACAAACGCGAAAUAUGAAAUAACUUGUGACUCUGAUGAUAUUCAGUUAUGGCUAUCUGCUAUCAAGGAGUCCAUAAGUUCAAAGUGA